UCAUGUGACUGCUUUGUCAUAUGACUUGUAGCUGUGCUGAUGAGCGGUGUGGGAAAGAGCUGAGAAGACUCUUUCCAUAUUUAUUUCUGUGCGUGGUUUUGAUUGUAUAUAUAUUUUUUUCUAAACUAGAAAACACUUAUAUGUUCAUUUUAUAUUUGUAUAAAAGAGAAAGUGUCAGGACGUGGAUGUAAUAUGGAAAAAGGAAGCCGGAUCGCUUCAUUGUCGAUUCUUCUUUCAGUUGUGUUGUCUUUCCGCGUUUCUGUCAGCAGCGCUCAAGAGAUCGACCCUUUGCUGUAUGAGGAGCAGCUGCUGUGGGUGAGUGGAGCUCAGGGGGCAGUGAACACCUACAGGAUCCCACUGCUCACCUACACCGCCAAGGGAAGCCUGCUGGCCUUUGCUGAAGGCAGGAAAUCGUCGUCCAGUGAUGUGGGAGCAAAGUUCAUCGCAAUGCGGAGGUCCACCGACAAAGGAGCCACCUGGUCCCCGACCAGCUUUAUUGUUGACGAUGGAUGGCAGACAGAUGGUCUGAACCUGGGUUCGGUGGUGGUGGAUGAGGAAGUGGGCUCAGUGAUUCUGAUCUACAGCAUCUGCUUCCACCUCUACCACUGCAGCCCAUCCAGCACCAUGAUGGUGGAGAGCAGGGAUGACGGGUUCACCUGGAGCCCGCCCAGAAACCUCUCGCUCCAGCUUGGGGUCAAGAACUUCAUUGGUGGGCCAGGCUUCGGCAUCCAGAAGCGCUACAACCCAGCCAAGGGGCGGCUGGUGGUUUGUGGUCAUGGAACAAUAGAGGGAGAUGGCGUCUUUUUAAUCCUGAGUGACGACCACGGACAGAAUUGGUACAAUGGUGGAGGGUUGAAAAGUGUCCCCUACAACCAGAAGAAGAGAGCACAGGACUUCAAUCCUGAUGAGUGCCAGCUGGUUGAGAUGAAGGACGGAAGCAUUGUCAUCAAUGUUCGCAAUCAGAAUAACUACCACUGUCGGUGUCGCAUGGUGAUUAGCAGCCAAGAUGGGGGAUUGUCCCUGCCCAUAGAUAAUCUGUUCUUUGACUACACGCUGGUGGAUCCUGUAGUAGCAGCUGGAGCUCUGCAGAAGGACGGGGUGCUGUAUUUCACCAACCCUUCCAAUGAGUAUCAGAGAGUUAACCUAACCUUACGCUGGUCACUGACUGAUGGCAAAUAUUGGGAGAAUAAAGCUGUCCAGAUAUGGGCAGGGCCAAGUGGCUACUCCUGCAUCACAUCACUUGACAGAGGUUCUCCAGAGGACCGCAAGUACAUUUUUGUCAUCUAUGAGAAGGGCCACAAGGACUAUUAUGAGACUGUCUCAUUCGCCAAGAUCCACCUCUAUGGUGGCCGGUAGAGUGCGUGAUAGGAGGUAAGGUCAUCAAUAUGGGAAAACAGUGAAUGAAGACAUUGAUCCUACACUCUUGUCUGAAAAGCACUGAACAGAUUUGGUAGAAAAAUGUCUUAGAAUGUCUCUUGUAUUUCACCCUGUGUUUGUUUCCCAGUACAAAUGCUGAAGGGAAAAGGAACCAGACAGAGGUUGGUUACUCCCAUGACAUUCUCAGGAAGAAAAUAAGACUUUUAAAACCUAUUUAAUGAUAAUAAAUAUGGGAAAAAUAAGAGGCUUUGCAGAGUGAGUGGAGAAUAUGUUUUUAGCUUAUGAUGAAGCUAUGUGCAAGUAUUUUAAACAUUUUAUCUUUCUGUUUUCUAAACUUUGCACAGCUGAUAAAAGCACACAUCUCCCACAUUUGAUCAGCUGUGUUUUGCUAAAAAUUUGCACAACUAUAAUACUUUUUAAUUUUGUUCAUUCUAGAUGAGAGAAUAUGUAACUGAGUAAGGGAUACUGUUGGAGAAUAUAAAUCUAAAGAUUAUUUUACAAAGGUACACUGGUUUAUACACAAUUUAAGCCACAUUGUUAUGUAAUUAUUCUGUUUAUAAGUUUACAACACCUCAUUUUAUAUAUGAUACUAUUCCACACUAUCAUCCAUUUUCCAUAUAGAGCUAAAGAUACUUGAUCUUUGUAGGCUCAUAAAAAUGGUGUUAAUUAACAACAAAGCAAUAUAAAUUUUGAGGAGCUCUAGCAGAGAUCAUGUGAUGGCUAAAUAACUGACAAAUUCACUGUGUUCUUGGCACAGGUGUGAAAUUAUUCCUGUUUUUUUUUUUCAGAUAUGGUUUUACGCUGUGGCCUACUUUAAAAUCUGGUGGUUCCGCACUUGAAAUUUUUAUGAAGAUUUUUUUUUUGCUGCCUUUUUUAAGAUGUAUGUGCCAUGAAUUCAUGCUUAUAGAAAUGGAUCCUGCCUUUGUAAAACCAGAAAAUGUAUAAAUGAAUGUUAAUAGCUGUUGUGUGUGAGAAUGUGUUUGAAUGUUCUCUAAUAUUUCCAGUUGGGAGUUGAGUGGUUUUAGAAAAACAAGGAGUAUAAUUAAAAGAUGAGAUGUGC